GACUCGGAGCAUCUGAUCCCCUCACCAAGAAAACAGUGUGUGUUUGUUAAUGAAGUGGGGUCACUCUAAAAGCAGAACCAGCUGGUCGUCCUCAUAUUCCCUCAUCAUUGAAAUCUUCUUGGCGAGAUCUGUUUACUGGUUUUCUCUUUUUCUCCUUUUAUUUUUGAAGAGGGAUAGGUAGAUAUAGGGAGCGCGGGAGGUGCAAAGGAAAAAAAUCUGGUCUUUUUGUUUGUUUUGUGAGAAAGAAAGAGAGAUAAGAGGGCCACCUGUUGAAGGGAAGAGAAGCUGUUUGAGAUCUGCCAUUUUGUCUACAGGAUCACAUUAAGGAAUGAUAAGGAGAUGGCAAGGAAAGGGAAUUGGUUUUCUAGUGUAAAGAAAGCUCUGAGCCCAGAGUCCAAGGAGAAGACUGACCAGAGAUCUAAUAAAUCCAAAAAGAAAUGGUUUGGGAAGCAAAAACAACCAUGUUCAGAUUCUGCCUCUUCUGGAACUUCCACAAUGCCAGCUCUUCCUCAGCAGGAAGAGGUGAAAUUAGCCAAUGGAGAGAAUGAGCAGAGUGAACAGGCUUACUCUGUUGCUGUCGCCUCUGCUGCAGCUGCUGAGGCUGCCGUUGCUGCUGCUGACGUUGUUCGACUCACUGCAGUAACUCGUUUCCCAGGAAAAUCGAGGGAGGAGGUGGCAGCAAUCAGGAUUCAAACAGCAUUUCGAGGAUGCAUGGCAAGAAGGGCAUUGCGGGCUUUAAGGGGGCUGGUAAGGCUGAAAUCAUUGAUGGAUGGGCCUGUUGUGAAACGCCAAGCUGCAAAAACUCUCAGAUGCAUGCAGACUUUAGCUCGUGUGCAAUCUCAGAUCCGUUCCAGGAGGAUCAGAAUGUCAGAGGAGAAUCAGGCUCUGCAAAAACAGCUCCUACAGAAACGAGCAAAAGAGCUUGAGAGCUUGCAGAUGGGGGAUGAAUGGGAUCACAGCCUUCAGUCAAAGGAACAAAUUGAAGCAAAUCUUCUUGGCAAGUAUGAGGCGGCUAUGAGGAGAGAAAGAGCAUUGGCAUAUGCUUUUUCUCAUCAGAAAACCUGGAAGAAUGGUUCAAGAUCUGUAAACCCAAUGUUUAUGGAUCUGAGCAAUCCCGCCUGGGGUUGGAGCUGGUUGGAACGAUGGAUGGCUGCCCACCCAUGGGAGAAUCGUAGCAUGAUGGAGAAAGAAUUGAACAAUGAUCACUCAUCUGUAAAGAGUGCAAGCCAGAGUGUCGAUGGUGGAGAAAUUAGCAAAUCUUUUGCCCGAUACCAGCUCAAUUCCGAUAAUCAUUCCCCCUCGGCCAGCCAGAAGACAGGCAAUCCUAACUUCCAGUCUCCCUCAACUCCAAGGCCAACUUCCUCGAAAGUGGCUAAAAAGGUGAAGCCAGCAACCCCAAGGGGAGGAUGUGGUCCAGAUGAUGAUUCUAAAAGCAUGGUUAGUUUGCAGUCUGAACAGUUUCGAAGGCAUAGUAUUGCUGGGUCAUCAGUGAGAGAUGAGGACAGUCUGGCAAGCUCUCCAGCACUUCCAAGUUAUAUGGUACCCACUAAGUCUGCAAAAGCAAAGACCAGGUUGCAAAGUCCAUUGGGGGUGGAGAAGAACGGGACACCACCUGAAAAGGGGACUUUUGGGCCUGCAAAAAAACGGCUUUCAUUCCCACCCUCACCCGCCAGGCCAAGGCGGCAUUCAGGUCCACCAAAGGUGGAUAUCAGUCUUAAUACAACGGAAAACAACACAAGCACUGAAGUGGGCAGCUGAUAAUAUCUAGUUUAAAUUGAGUGAAAGAAAUCAAAUGGAUUUGGAUUUGGAGGGGUCCUGGAGGAAAGAAGAAAUAAAGGUUAUUCGAUUUGUGAAUUCACUGUUUUCUCAGUCUAUUGUUGCUUAGCUAGCAGGUGCUCCAUUGGUUGAUAUUCUUCUUCUUGAAUAGCAUACUUUUUUACUCAUUUCUAUUUAUUUCCUUUUACUUUCUCUACAUCCUGAUGAAAGUAGAACAUGUCUGAAGCCAAUUCAAUUCUGUGUCUUGAUUAUUUUUUCCACGAAGAACAGUUGACAAUUUGUUAAAUUUGUUGAUUCUACAGAGUGAGGUAUAAUGGAUACUGAGUUUCUUUUUUCUUGUCUA